AUGAUUCGACAAAUUCAGAAGCGACCUCCGGGGUCGGCUGCUACCCCACUGUUUCUGUUCCACGAUGCAAGUGGCACUAUCUCCAGCUAUUACGCUCUGAGUCCCAUGGAACGUGAUGUAUACGCCAUCUCAGAAUCGCGCACGAAAAGCGAUGCCUGUGGAACUCUUCAAGAGAUAAGUCGCCGAUACUACGCUGCUAUCAAAUCAAUCGUCCCUGAAGGGAGGGUUCUACUUGGUGGCUGGUCACUGGGCGGUAUGAUUGCACUUCAAGUCGCAUGGAUAUUCAGCCGAGAUCCUAAAGUAAACGUGGAUGGCAUCAUAAUGGUGGACAGUCCCUUUCCUGACUAUCGCCAUGUCGUCCAUUCUGCUCUUGAUUCUCCCAUCUCGGAAGACGGCUUGACGACCGCGACGAACAGACUGGAGAGUUCCAUCUUGCGAACCGUAAGCAUGUUACGCAACUGGCGGGCUCCUGUGUGGCGACGACAGCGCCAGCCGUACACUGUUAUGUUGUGUGCGACCGAGCGUGUGAUUCAUGAAACCAUCCCGGCUUUGUCCUUUGUCGACCAAUUCAGAGACAGCCCGACCCUGGGGUGGAACGAGCGUGCUGGCUUUGCAGUUGUGAACAAGAACUAUUCGAUUGACGGCCACCACUUCAGCCUCUUUGAGCCUAGAAACGUCGCAUCUGUCACGAGGGCAGUAGCAACUAUUGCAGGGGACAUGGAGCUGUUGGCCUGUCUCGACGACGACGAAUGA